UGACAUAGAAAGGUUUCACUUACAAGAAGGGCAACUGAAACAGUCGCAGAGCAGCGACUUCUGUCCCUUGUCUCACCAGCCAAACGGACUUCCAUCGAGCCGUCAGAAGGUUUACACGCAAAGGACCUUUUCCCACAAUAUCUUCUCCAAGGGAGGGCUGCUUGUGGGAUGAAGUGCUUGUCAUGAUGCUUGUCAGGAUGGUUGUCAUGAUGAUCUUGGCAGUUGUAGUGGAUGGAGCAACGGUUGAGGCCCCCAGUGAUCUGAAGUGCUACAAGAAGACCACGGACUGGGACAACGACUUUACAUGCACUUGGAAACCUGGGGCCUCUGGCAGCAAGCCCAACUACACACUUAAUUAUUGAUAAAGAACUACGUAUGCAAGCAUGUCGACGCCGGACAGAAACGUUCGGUCGUUCUGCUCAUUGAGGAUUUAUGGAACAGCCGAUACUGCAUGUGGGUGGAUGCUAAUGCCAAUGGCUCCAAACACAGCUCAGCCAAUUUCUCUAUGGUUCUCCAGGAUCAAGGUAAGUGCUUCCCCUUGUAAACCAAGGCGUUUUUUUUCGUUAAAUUGGGCGCACCCACUGGAUGUAUGAGUGACAUAAGAUGUCAGAGAUAUGAAUCGAUGAUGUGGACAUAAUAUCUUUAUAUGCAAAGGUAACAGUUGUCAGAUAUACAGUAUGCAACUUUUUUUUAAUGACUCCAGAGAGCUAUCAAUAGUAAACAGGCUAUUCUAUUUUUAGGAUUAUUGGGAUAUUUAGGACGUUUGAACCUGUAGGAGAUGUUUUAGUGGGAGGAAGUUUCUGUGUUUGUGUACUUUGUGUUUUCUACAGUUUUAAUAUGUUGUCUACAGUUCAGUAUGAUGCUCCCCAUAUGGAGAGGAUUUCACGGUCGUUGGGAAACCUGACUCUGCUCUGGAGGAACCCUCCAAAGGAAAACGAGCCUGUUAUUAAUGAAAUACAGUUCAGAGGAAGGGGGGAACAAUCGUGGCAGAGUAGGAACACACUCUGAGAAUCGAGAAAAGUACAGUUUAUAAGAUGCGAGUUAGACGCAGGGCUAACAUCACAAACCUGCUAUGGAGUGCUUGGAGUAAGACCUAUAAAGUACCCACUGAAAUCCGUAAGCAGCCGGAGGUUAAGUGGAAAGUUGGGGAGCUGAAGAGUGGUGUACGCCUGCUGACUCUGAACUGGACGGCACCAUCAGAGGAGGAGUCCGUGGGAGGGGUGAAGUACAUACUGUCCCUUGUUAUUAUGCCGUGUAAGCCAGAAGAACCUAAGACCAUCCACAUGAACACUACAGAGUACAGACUGAAUGUGACCGCCUCUGCUGUUGAUGUGACCAUCCUGGCUAUGAACAAUGUAGGGCAGUCACCAAAGCAUACCAUCAGCAUCCCAGCCCUGCACCUCGAAAACUGUCCAAAAGACCAGGAUGAGCAUGUGACGAAAGAAAGUUGUGUGGAGUGGUAUGAGCUGACAGGGAACACCAGGACAGGUCCUGUCAAUCACAAAACCAAUGGAAAUAUCAGCCAAAUAGCGGAAGGCCUGAAAGACUUUGUGCGCUAUCAUUACUUUGUGCACAUUAAAAAAGGGAAGGACCCACAGACAAUAUCAAUGUGCCCCUUUUACAAGACAGAGGGAGUACCUAAACAGGGACCUCCAAAUGUGACUACUGUUGAUGUAACACAUAAUUCUGUCCUGGUGUCAUGGCAACCUAUUCCAAUAACACAUCUGCAAGGAUUUCUGAAGAAUUAUGUCAUUUACAUCACAGGAGGGAAUCACACAGACGUAGUGAAUGUCUCACAAUUUCAAACAAGCUACACUAUUCAGAGUCUGACCCCUGGAACCCUUUACACUGUGAAUGUUGCUGGGGAGACAACUAAGGGUGUGGGACCAAACACAACACAGGAGAUACUGCUGAAUCCACAACAAGGCCUGCUUGGCUUGGACUGGAUGAUCGUAGGCCUCGUCGCUGGACUCCUGGCCCUCACAGUCUUCUGCAGCUUCGUCGUCAAAAGACUGAAACACAAGCUGCUACCGGAAAUUCCAACUCCCACGAUUACCGAAACGCCCGUCAACCGUUUCCGGAGUGACGAGGGAGUGUAUCCCGUCGGGGAGGAGCUGCAUCCUGUCGUCCUGGUUCACGACCUGCCAGGCAAGAGUAGCACCCCUCCCCCCCUCCUAGAGGAGCACCCCCUGCUGGAGGAGUGUGAGACCACCCUGGGCGAUGACGAGGGCGAGGAGACGCAGGCCGACCCGGACGCCUUUGAGAUCAGUCUCCCGCUCAGUUCUGAUUACAAGCGGCAGGUCCUGUCCGCUCCGGAGAUAACAGAGCUCAGCCAGGAACAGGUCGACUGUGAGGUCACUUCCCCCGUCUACAGGAAGGGGCUGGUCUUAGAGAACACUCCGGAGAUCAACACGCAGCUAUAGCCCACACGUCUGGGCACAGCCACAGAGGAGCUCGCCAAGAAGUGUGUCUGAAAACGAUAUGCAAUGAUUGGUCUCCCUGCUGAAAAAAAAACCCAGAUCAAACUAGGUUUUGAAACAGCUGGUAGCUGGUUUAUCAGUUCAGACCAACUCCAUGCUCAACAUGGUUUGUCCAGCUCAAGCUAUGUUUUGAAACAGCUGGUAGCUGGUAUAUCAAGUUGGUCUUAGCUGGAUUUUACACCAGGACUGUCACUCAUAUGCCCUGCAAGCAAGCCACAGAUAUGAUCAGUGUGUCAGGUAUUUAUCCUAAUAAUGCCACAGAGAGGAUUAGCUGUGUGUUUACAAUAAAUGUAGGUAGCCUGUUCAGGAAUAGAGGGGAAUUUUCUGUUUUCUGUUCUGCGGUUUUUCAAGAUAUAAACCAAACUUCAUUACCACUGGGGUUAAGCACAGCCGCAAACAAGUCGAGUGUGAAGCCAGCCCCUUGUUCGUUGUCUCAUUUGCUCUGCAGACAUCAGAGAGAAACUGAAAAAGUCCCUCAAAAUUCAGAUUCAGCUUUAUUGUAGGGUUGUUUUAACACUUUUAAGAGGGCAGGAAAUGGCAAGUCAAGCAAGAUCAAACAGAAAGAAAAAGAAAAGGAAGAAUUGCUGACAUGGACAGACAGACGGAAAUUUUAACUUCUUUGUGUGGGUUGCAAAAUACUAGCAUAUAGUAUAUUGAAUAUAUUGACACUCUAUAAUUGGAAUAUUUUUUUGUUAUUAUAGAGGGUGCCACUAGAGGGACCUGCACAUUACUGUCGAUUUAGUUGAACUGAAAAAGAAAAAGUUUUCAGUUUCGUGUUUCUCACAUAGCACAUGUGACACCCUAUAAUAUUAUCGUUCCACAGUAAGGGACGCAGUGCGGCAGUGUGGUCACCAGAGUCCACUUUCACUUCUGUUUGUGUCUGACCUAUGCUGCUGGCAUUCUCCCGUCAGUAUUUAUUCCUCAUUUAGUCACAUUCAGUGCUUUCUGUAUAAUCUCACAAAGUGUUUGUCAACUUUAGUCACGCCCCUUUCAUCACAAUAAGAACAGAUUUUUACACAAAGUUUUAAGUUUUACACAAGCUUUUAUAAAGAUGACUCAGCUAAAAAUGAAACAUUUCAAACAUUUCGACUGGAUUACAAGUGGAUUACAACAGGCUUGACCUUUUAUUGUACUGGUACACUGUAAACUGUUGAGUCAUUCAAUUUCUUAAUAUUGUAACAACAUAUUGUGUCUGUGUGUGUGUGCGUGCGUGCGCACGUGUGCAAUUGUAAGGACAUUUUAAAUGUAUCUUUUUAAAUAUAUAUAUUUUUUGUGGCCUUGGGAUAUGAUUAAUAAAUACCAAUAACCUGGGAAA